AGUAGCCACAGAGCUCACUAGAGCUCUAGAUCACGAGCCACCAGAAUUUUUCGCAAAUCCUUUCUCUCCCUGGGCGCAUAUUUGUUGCUCCUGGUAUGCAAAGGCCUUGGUCAUCUGCUAAUGUCGGAAGAACAUAAUUUAGGUAUUGUUGUUGUUCACGGCUGAGGAAACUUGAACCGGAACACACCUUGCUCAGCUGAUGUAUUGCAGACACGGCAGUCUCUGAAGUGGAUGUACUCAGUUUACGGGUACGAAGAUUUCACCUGGACGGUAGUUGGCAGACUUCAGCACGGCGUCUUCGAGGUGUGAAGGUCUUGUUCCACCUAACCCUUCUCACCAUUAGGUAGUGGUAGCGCUGAGAGGGAGGUCAUCCAGAACCAACGCUCAGGCCAGCGCGUGGAGCUGACGCAGUGAUCGUGAGGCAAGCAGCGGGCCACGCGAGUGUGCAAGAUGAAAGAAGGGACAUUGCGCGGCAGAGCGCGUCCUCUGCCCGCUGCCGGAAUGGUGGUGUUAUGGCUCAUUGCGUGCUGCUGUCGCCUGGAGAAUGCACGCGGGUUCAGCUUACGUGUAGACGAAGAGUUCCGUGUAGAAAACAAGUUCAAACAACCUAUCAAUUUCAUAAUCAACGGACAAGAGGCACCGUCCCUGAAGUUUCUGAAAACUUCAGACCUGGCUCGAUUCGGCGAACAGUACACGUUCAUUGCCAUGGAGUGGAAUCGGUCACCCAACGAAACGGUUGACUACACUAUGUACUUUGGCUCAGAGAACACUACGGUAUUGGAGACACCCGAGGCGAACACACCAGAGAUGGGCUGUGUACCUUCUACCAACUACACGUCCUUCAGGAUGUCAUUACCUUGCACUGGCAAAUCAGAUGAAGCCAUAGCAUUCGAAGCCUACCUCAACUACACCAUCACCUCGUACCCGUACACCGUCGACAACUUCAAAGCAAAUCUGAACCACUUGGAGUGCAGUGCUCGCCAGGGCAAUUUGACCGGUGGUCAUGUAACUAAGGGUAGCACGGUGCUGUCCAUGGUAAAAAUCUGUGCACUGGCCACAACAGCACCUCCAGUUGGCGGUGGUGAUCAUGAUGCUGGGCUCUCAACGCCGGAACUGGCUGGCAUCAUCGCUGGCUCCGUUGCCGCCCUGUUGCUGGUGAUACUGCUCAUUCAGGUCAUUGUCCGGUGUCAGACACAAAAGACGCGUGCAGCGCAGGACGAUGCGGAGAAGGGGCGGUCAACUGUGAAACGAGACAGCGAUCGCUUCUCGGACACGCACAGCUCCUUCAAUCCGCAGUACUCGCACACCUCGGUCAACGGAGGCAGUGGUGCUGGCACAUACGUAUCAUCGCUACACUCCCAGCAGUGCGACCCAUCAGCAACCAACUACAGCCAGAACAACUUGCCAAUCAUGAUGAAGAAGAUGUGCGACAAGUGGAUGGACAGUGUGCAAGGACACAUCGUGCCCCGUUCGGCCAUACUGGUCGGGGAUGAGAUUGGCAGAGGUGCGUUUGGGCGUGUGUGCAUUGGCAAUGUCAUCAUGGACGAAGUCGAGGAGCCACUACCAUGUGCCAUCAAAACACUGAAAGCUAUCGAGACAGAAAGCGACGUCGACGAGUUCUUGGAAGAGGCGGUCAUGCUGAAGGACUUCAAGCACCAGAAUGUGAUGUCAUUGUUAGCCGUUGCCUUGGAUACGGAGGACCUGCCGAUGGUGUGUCUAGAGUAUAUGCACUACGGAGAUCUACGGACGUACCUGAGGAAAAUGAGAGGAUCCGUGGCCAACCUUGUCGAUGAAGCCAAUUCCACUUCGAGUACCAAGGUUUUGCUCAGCUUCUGCACUCAGGUAGCACAGGGUAUGGACUACCUGUCUAGUCUGAGCUUUGUGCAUCGUGAUCUGGCUGCUAGAAACUGCAUGCUGAACAAAGAUUUGGUGGUGAAGAUCGGUGAUUUUGGAUUGGCACGUGAUAUUGAGAAGGACAACUACUACCGAAUGGGAACUGCUCGUCCAUUGCCCGUCAAGUGGAUGUCGUUUGAGAGCCUCACUCUCCAAGUGUUCACAGUGCAGUCCGAUGUGUGGGCGUUUGGUGUAGUGAUGUGGGAGAUCUUCUCCCUUGGCAUCACACCCUAUGUCGGUGUAGCUAACCAUGAGAUGCUGGAGGUGCUCAAGCAAAACAUUCGUCUCCCGCCACCCGAUGAUUGUCCAGUGGACGUGUACAGAAUGAUGAUGUCGUGUUGGGUUCCGGACCCGGAGGCACGGCCUACGUUCUCCAUCCUGGCUGGCAUGCUAGAUGAGUGUGGAGAGAGGCUGUAUGAGAACAUGCCUGUCCACAAAGUACAGGCUGGACCGGACUACAUGAACUAUGAUCCUGCGGCACCCGGCUCUAUCAUACGCAAGACAAGUGCCAACAGCUUGAGCAGCCGCACUGCAGAUCCCUCAGCACCGUACAAUGUAUCACUGGCACCAUACAACAUGGACAAGUAUGAGAUGAUGGGGCCAGCUCAGAAAAAGCUGGAGCUCACGACCGUAGCUGAAACCUCUCCAUCAGAUCAACCCAUCAUAGAAAACCAGAUCACCGGCAGUGGGGAAUCCCCCGUUCUCGUAAUCCACACCAUAUCACCCAGAGAGAUCAACCCUGCCACAAGCAACAUCGACAACAGUGACGGUGGCAACAACAAGCCUCCUCUACAGCAGCAGGCACCGGAUGCCAUCGUUCCACCUCCGGCCAUCAGCGAGAGAAUCAUCACAGAGCAACACUACAAGGAUCCACCAGCGCCACGCCUGAAACACUCUCCGCGAGAUCAGGAAGCUCGGCGAGAUGCACGCCAGCAGCGAUUACGUAAAGUCGAUACUGGAAAUGAGUCAGAUGACAGUUCGUCGUCCGUAUAGUCAGGCAUUAUGCUGGAGCAUAUGAUCUGUUGACCAGAGCAACGCAACCGUCAAGCCUGGAGGUGGAUUGUCACUGGAGCAUCUUGUGUAAUGUCCCCCAGCAUGGUCCAUGCACUGCGUAUGCUCCAGCAUACUGUACCGGAGCAGGGGCAUGAGCUGACGCUGCUACUCAAGCUGACGUUCAAAACUGAAACAUCACUAGGUGUGGAGGAAGAACAGGAUAUAUCCGUAAUCUACAACCAUUGGACAGCAUAGUUAUGUGCCAGUGUUUCUUGUGUUAUUAAUGUUGUGUUGCCGCUUGCUGUUGUUGUUGCUGCUGCUUGCGCUGCUGGUACUGUUAUUGUCGCCUGCGCUGUCGGUAACACAGGACGUCUUUGUCAAGAUACCCUAACGGUCUUUGUCAAGAUACCCUAACGGUCUUUGUCGUAUUGUACACACUGUUGACUACACAUUGCUUGAGAGAAAAUGUGGUUAGAACUUUCAUCGAGUGUGCAUUCCCAAUAGUACGUUUGAUCAUACAUGGCUGUGUCGUGUGCUUGUGACUGGCUUGAUUUGCACGUACAACACUGCUAGCACCGUGCACUGCAAUACUGCUAUGGCGGUGGCUCUUGUUAGGUGCACAGACUAAUUACGAUCGUAUGAACAAUACUGCUGCGCUUACGUCAUGACAAGGUGCUGCUUUUGAUUAAGUAUUUCAAGCUCUUUUCUGGAGCACCCUAUUAUUACUAAUACUGACCUGGCCGCAAGGGAUAAUCUACCUCUAUGAAUAUAAUAGUGCUGGCGGCUAGGCAGUCCUAGCACCACACACACACACUCAGCUCUGUGCACUUGAACGUGACGGCUCUUCUAUAUUCAUGAGGUUGGAUUUCUCUGGCCAGAACUGCAUCACCGAACGCUUUCUGCAUUUUGUUUUAUUGCUACUGCUCUAUGUCUGCUUUGCAUGCUAGCAACGCAAAGCAAUAACAUUAAUCUGUUUCUACAAGAUCUGUUUGUGCGCCGCUGCAUCUCAUAAAUUUACCCCCCCCCCCCUCCCAAUACAGUAUUUUCGUUUACUAUUUUGGUCCGACUUGAUAUUGAGCUUAUGGCAUAUGGCAGUACAGCUGAUGCCCCCUAUCCCCUGAUUAUUACCGCAACGUUGCAGUUAACUUCUAUUGUAUAGCAUCGCAUUACUGGAAGAGCCAUGCUGUUUGCACCAUCAGAUGUAUCUUAUUUUUUGUCUGCGGAGUUACUAAGAUAACGUU